UCACCUCACCGUCCUUUUUCAAAACUUGAUAAACUAGAUACUUCUAAAAUAUCUCUCAUUUUCACUCUCUCUUCAAUUUCUCUAAAUUAUUUCCUCAUAAACACCAAACCAGAGACACACUGAGAGAGAUAGACGGAGAUGGCCGAUGAGGGGAAAAUUCAGAGCACCAACACUAGUGUUACCGAAGGAGUUACCGGUCCGAUUCGGAGAGUGCUCGUCAUAUCUGCCGGCGCCAGCCACUCCGUCGCUCUGCUCUCUGGGAAUGUUGUUUGCUCUUGGGGAAGGGGAGAAGACGGACAAUUAGGCCAUGGAGAUGCUGAAGAUCGCUUCUCUCCUACACAGUUAAGUGUAUUGGAUGAUCAAGAAAUAGUUUCUGUUACUUGUGGAGCUGAUCAUACAACUGCGUAUUCCAAAUCACAAGUUCAAGUAUACAGCUGGGGAUGGGGUGAUUUUGGGAGGUUAGGCCAUGGAAAUUCUAGUGACUUGUUUUCUCCUCAACCGAUCAAAGCUUUACAAGGCCUGCAGAUAAAGCAAAUUGCUUGUGGAGACAGCCAUUGUUUGGCAGUGACUAUGGAAGGCGAAGUACAAAGUUGGGGACGGAAUCAAAAUGGUCAACUAGGACUUGGUACCACUGAGGAUUCUCUUGUACCCCGAAAGAUUGAAGCUUUUGAGGGGAUAUUAGUCAAAAUGGUAGCCGCUGGUGCUGAACAUACAGCUGCUGUAACAGAAGGCGGUGAACUUUACGGUUGGGGCUGGGGUAGAUAUGGUAAUUUAGGUUUAGGUGAUCGAGAUGACCGCCUACUUCCAGCAAAAGUUGCAACUGUUGAGGGAGAAACAAUGGUCCUGGUAGCUUGUGGAUGGCGACAUACAAUAUCUAUUUCCUCCUCGGGGAGUUUGUUCACAUAUGGAUGGAGCAAAUAUGGCCAGCUUGGGCAUGGGGAUUUUGAGGACCAUCUAAUCCCUCAUAAGCUGGAAGCUUUACGUGAUCAUCAUAUAUCUCAAAUUUCAGGUGGUUGGAGACAUACAAUGGCUGCGACAACUGAUGGAAAACUAUAUGGCUGGGGCUGGAAUAAGUUUGGACAAGUUGGUGUUGGCAACAAUACAGAUCAUUGCUCACCUGUGCAAGUCAAAUUUCCACUUAAUCAGAAAGUAGUGAAUAUCUCAUGUGGAUGGAGGCAUACCCUUGCUGUGACAGACAGACAAAAUGUCUUCUCAUGGGGAAGGGGUACCAAUGGCCAGCUAGGGCAUGGCGACGCUGUUGACAGAAAUGUUCCGAAGAUCAUAGAGGCAUUAAGCAUGGAUGGAUCAAGCGGACAGCAUAUAGAGGCCUCCAAAGUUGACGUCUCAUCAGAAAAAAGUUGGGUGUCCCCGACUCAGAGAUAUGCAGUCGUUCCAAAUGAGAAUGCUCAGGAACCGUCGAUUGGUAUGUUAGGCGGCAACAGAAACGACGCGAGUGUCCCUGAGAGCGAUGUAAAAAGGAUGAGGAUUUGAGUGGUUGUGCAACAUCUGUGUAUGUAUUGAUGCAUUGGUUUCAAGGUUUAAAAUUAAUACUGUGGUGUCUAAGCUCAACUGUUUGGUCGUGUAUUGGUUAAAAUCAAAGAUAAACAUCGCAGUUGGAUUCGAAUGAGGAAACUAACAUUUGCAGCA